GUAAACAGACGCGCGCAGUCAUGACCCACGGCUGUCAGUGAUAACACGAUGUUUCCUUAUGCCUAAUUAAUGUUUCCUACUCUUCCAAGGGGAUGCGGCACUUACGUGGCUUUCGGGAGGUUUACUCUACCUAACUGCGUUAAGAAGUCAAGCAGAAAUUAAACCUUGUACAUCGGGAGCCGUGGAGAAGCGCUAUGCCGAGGCGGAAGAGAAAUGCUGGCAGCAGUUCUGAAGGCACAGAAGACUCGGACUUCUCGGCUGAACACACAGACAGCUCAGAGAGUGAAGCACACGUGGUUCGAAACACUCGCCUCACUCGCUCCUCGUUGAGACUCAGCCGCAGCUCGCAAGAUGCCAGUCCUGUGAGGAACCCGACUGCCCCAGUUUCAGAGGAGGUGGUGAACUAUUCCACUCGUCGAGUAACUCGUAGUCAACAGCAGGGGGCGACCGUCUCACCCAAGAAAUACCCCUUGAGGCAGAGUCGCUCUUCUGGCUCAGACACGGAGCAGCAUGGGGAAAUCUCAGAGAGGGGUAGGAGGAGAAAACCGCACGGUUCUUCACUCAUGCCUUCCCUCAUUUGAGUCUCUCCAUGCUUGGCUCUGCUCAUUUGUGUGUCUUCUCAUUUGCUUCAUCUUUUUGUUUGUUUUACGGCACAGAUUGUCCUCAGUUCAUACAACAUGCUACUUGCGAGCUACAGUUUCACUGCCAUACAAAAGUUUGGGGUCGGUAAGAUUGUUAAUAUUUGUUUGCUUGUCUUGCUUUUUAUAUUUACGUACAUUACUUAUUCAGCAGUGUUGCAUUAAAUUGAUCAAAACUGAUAUUUAUUAAAACAAUGUGUUAUAAUUUCCACAAAAAUAUUAGGCAUCACAACGGUUUUGGUAAAACUUUGAUAAUUGACAGUUCUGAAAAUAUGUUUUUGAUAUCUGAUUCUUGAGCAGCAAAUCAGCAUGUUACAAUGAACACUGGAGGUCAUGUGACUCUUAAUAUUAUUAAAGAAACGUAUUAUUAUUAAAGAAACAGCUAUUGAAAAAUCAUGUUUGGCUCGGCAUGAUUGAGUUCUAUUAAAUAAUUUUAUUUGUUUUAGUAUUUUACAAAUUUGCUGUUUUGACUUUGUGUACUAAAACUGCAGCCUUCAUAAGCACACUUACAGAAGUCUUAGCAGCCCCAAACUUUUGAACAAUAGUUUGUCAUUUUCACAACAUUUUUUGUUUAAAAAAUCAACAAAUAAUCUUAUUUAAAGUCAUCCCCUGACUUCUUAAUAUCUCAUUUUAUGUUGUCCUGUGGUUUUGUAAAUUUUUUUCAGUUCUCAUUUGCUUUAAUUUGAAUUCAUCUACUUCACUCUACUUUUGUUUAUUGGUGUUAACAAAUAAAUAAAUAUGAAUACGACACAUUUCUGAAGACCAUAAAA